AUGGUCGCGCUGAGCUGUACUGAAUUUCCGCAUUAUCAAAGUGACCGCUCAGCUGCCUUGAGCGGGCUUCUUCGGAACAAGCUUGGGAAGCUUUUCAAUUUUCUAGCCAGACGCGACAAACUCAAAGUCGAAAUGUCCAGCCUGCAGAAGGCAAGAAUACAAUCUCGCUGUCCACGCAAUUCAGAUGGCUGCGCAUUUGAAAUGGUUCAGGCUGGUCGGUCACCAAUGAAAUCGAGCAAAAUGGUCACCCAAAUUCCCUCUCUUCCAGCCUGUGCCUAUGCGAAAGAGUUGAGAAGGAACGGAAGCGGAUUGCGUUGGUCUGCUACGGAAAUCACCUGUGGCUCGCGGCGGAGGCUGGCCGGGUCUGGUCUGCUCUUUGCGAAGGUUUGGGAUUGCGUCGUUGAUUCCGCACGGAUUGUUCAGAUCAUCGUCGACGACGACGGCCUACCUGUCAUCAUGGCUGCUCGUCUCUUCGCACAGUCCUCCUUGAGGCUCGCCCGAGCCAACAAGGUACCGGCCACCGCUGCCACCUUCACCUUGCGCAACCUGGCCACCGCCGUCUCGCGCCAGCCCAUCACCCAGACCACCACCCUUUCCAACGGUCUCACCGUCGCAACCGAGUCCAACCCUUCCGCUCAGACCGCUACCGUCGGUGUCUGGAUCGAUGCCGGCUCCCGCGCCGAGACAGACCGCACCAACGGAACCGCCCACUUCCUCGAGCACAUGGCCUUCAAGGGUACGUACAUCGCAUCGACACAGCAGCAUAUUGCAUCAGCCGUCAGCCUUUCAUUGGAUGGUCACAGUUGA